AUGCCUCCCUACUUCAGUAUCCCAGUUCUUGGGAUAAAGAAAUACAGAAAUACCAGUUCUGGGAUAAAGGAGGUAUUAGAGGCUUAUCAACAUAAGCUAAAGCUAGCCCUUAUAGGUCAAAGUAUUUUUGGACAAGAAGUUUAUAGCAAGCUGAGAAAAGAGGGGCAUAAAGUUGUGGGCGUAUUCACAGUGCCUGACAAGAAUGGACAAGCUGAUCCUUUGGCACUGGCAGCGGAGAAGGAUGGCACUCCUGUUUUUAAGUUCCCCAGAUGGAGAGCUAAAGGCAAGCCUAUCGAGGAAGUAGUUGCAGCCUACAAAUCAGUUGGAGCAGAGCUAAAUGUCCUUCCGUUCUGUACACAGUUCAUCCCCAUGGAUGUUAUUGACUGCCCAAAACAUGGGUCUAUUAUUUACCAUCCAUCCAUCCUACCACGCCACCGAGGAGCUUCUGCAAUCAACUGGACUUUAAUUCAAGGAGAUAAAAAAGCAGGAUUUACUAUUUUUUGGGCUGAUGAUGGUUUGGACACUGGACCAAUACUUCUGCAGCGAGAAUGUGAUGUUGGCCAAAAUGAUACUGUGGAUGACCUAUACAACCGGUUUCUCUUCCCAGAAGGCAUAAAGGCUAUGGUGGAAGCUGUACAUCUAAUUGCUGAUGGUAAAGCCCCUCGUAUACCUCAGCCUAAAGAAGGGGCCACAUAUGAAGGGAUCCAGAAAAAGGAAAAUGCAGAGAUCUCCUGGGACCAACCUGCAGCAGCUUUGCACAACUGGAUUCGAGGACAUGAUAAAGUGCCUGGAGCGUGGACAACAAUAGAUGGCCAGAUGGUUACAUUUUAUGGGUCAUCAUUAUUUGAUGCUUCAGUGCCUGCUGGACAAGAGCUGGCAAUAAAAGGUGCUUCAAGACCUGGACUUGUAACCAAGAAUGGUCUAGUCGUUUUUGGAAAUGAUGGGAAGAUGGUACUAGUGAGAAAUCUGCAGUUUGAAGAUGGAAAAAUGAUCCCUGCAUCUAAAUACUUCUCUGCUGAUGAAACAACUGCCCUGGAACUUACAGAGGAGGAGAAAAAGAUGGCAGAAGAUAUUAGGGCUAUUUGGAAGGGAAUUUUAACCAAUGUUGCUGCAAUUGAGAAUUCGACAGACUUCUUCAAAUCUGGAGCAUCCUCUAUGCAUGUUGUCAGAAUGCUAGAAGAGAUCAAACAGAAAUAUAGUGGACUUCAACUACAGAAUGAAGAUGUGUAUAUGGCCACUAAAUUUGCAGAUUUUAUUCAGAUGGCUGUCAGAAAAUUCAGAGGAGAAGACAAAGAGGAAGAGUUAGUAGUUGAUUAUGUUUCAAAAAAUAUUAACAACAUGACUGUGAAUAUGCCAUACCAGUGUUUCAUAAAUGGACAGUUUAUAAAUGCUGAUGAUGGAAAAACAUAUGACACUAUAAAUCCAGCAGAUGGAUCAAUAAUAGCCAGUGUAUCUUCUGCUUCACUGGCUGAUGUUGACAAGGCAGUGGCAGCAGCAAAGGAGGCAUUUGAAAAUGGUGAAUGGGGAAGAAUGAAUGCAAGGGAAAGAGGGCAACUCAUGUACAGACUUGCAGACCUGAUGGAAGAACAUCAAGAAGAGUUAGCAACAAUAGAGUCUCUUGACUCAGGAGCUGUCUACACUUUAGCUUUGAAGACUCAUAUUGGAAUGUCUGUGCAAACAUUCAGAUACUUCGCUGGAUGGUGUGACAAAAUUCAGGGUGCUACAAUUCCAAUUAAUCAGGCCAGGCCAAACCAUAAUCUAACAUUCACCAAGAAAGAACCAUUAGGUGUCUGUGCAAUUAUUAUCCCCUGGAAUUACCCACUGAUGAUGCUUGCAUGGAAGAGCGCAGCAUGCUUGGCUGCAGGCAACACGCUCGUGCUCAAGCCAGCUCAGGUCACACCUCUGACUUCCUUGAAGUUUGCAGAACUCUCAGCUAAAGCUGGAUUUCCUAAGGGCGUUAUAAAUAUUCUGCCUGGUUCAGGUGGCUUAGUGGGACAGCACCUGUCUGAACAUCCAGAUGUUCGCAAGGUUGGAUUCACUGGUUCAACACCAACUGGUAAACAGAUCAUGAAGAGUGCAGCUGCUAAUCUGAAGAAAGUUUCUCUUGAACUUGGUGGUAAAUCACCACUGAUCAUAUUCAGCGACUGUGAACUUGACAGAGCUGUAAAAAUGGGUAUGGGAGCAGUAUAUUUCAACAAAGGAGAAAACUGCAUUGCUGCUGGCAGGUUGUUUGUGGAAGAAUCAAUCCAUGAUGAGUUUGUUAGUAAAGUGGUUGAAGAAAUAAAAAAGAUGAAAAUUGGUGACCCACUUGACAGAUCUACAGAUCAUGGUCCACAAAAUCACAAGGCACAUUUGGAAAAGCUGCUGCAAUAUUGUGAAACUGGAGUUAAAGAAGGAGCCACUCUUGUGUAUGGAGGAAGACAAGUAUGUAGACCAGGUUUCUUCAUGGAACCCACUGUAUUCACAGAUGUUGAAGACCAUAUGUAUAUUGCCCAGGAAGAGUCCUUUGGUCCUGUGAUGGUGAUUUCUAAAUUUAAAAAUGGGGAUGUCGAUGGAGUAUUGCGGCGGGCAAAUGCCACAGAAUAUGGCUUAGCUUCAGGAGUUUUCACAAAAGACAUAAGCAAAGCUCUCUAUGUCAGUGAAAAGCUAGAAGCUGGAACAGUUUUUAUUAACACAUAUAACAAAACUGAUGUGGCAGCACCAUUUGGUGGAUUUAAGCUGUCUGGCUUUGGGAAAGAUUUAGGUGAAGAAGCUCUUCAUGAAUAUCUCAGAACCAAGGCUAUCACUGUGGAAUAUUAAAGUAACAGCUUCACUUGGGAAGUAAACUUUCAGCAGAGUUUGAAUCUUGAUGACUACAUGAAGCACUCAACACCAUGCCUAGGAUAUGCUGUCUGCAGUGCUACAACUAAGCAAACAAAACAAAACACUCAUUCCAUGGAUAAAUUUCUAUAAAUCAAAUCCAAACUUUAGUCUCACUGACAGAUAAAGGCUUUUUGAAAUUACCCUGAAAUUAUUUAAAUUAUGCAGCAGCAACAGUUGGUAGCACAAUUCCUGCCUCCCCCCACCAAAAAAACCCUAGAACAUGAUUCAGUUUAUUUUUUUUAAUAGAACUGAAGAAUGAGUUCUCACAUGCCUACUUUGUAUUUCUGUGACAUAAUACUUACAUGAUUUUAAAUCAUUAGUCAUUAGGCUUGAACUAAAAUAUACUGAUUAUGCCAUUUUUGCUAUAAAUCAGUUCAAGUUUUACAGUAGCAAUUAAACACUCUGCUCUGGUGAUUCUUCAGCAGUACAAAAACCUUUGUGCCAUACAUAAAUCAAUGCAAGAAAGUGCACUUACUAUGAUCUUUGUAUAGUACAUACAGAGUUCAACAUUGGUGUUAAACUAUGCAUAUCAAGCUAAAGUUACUGAAAAUAUUUUCUACCUUUUUGUUGAUACAGAAUGUGUGAUCUGCCUGCAAUUUGAAAGGUGAUUACAUUAACAGAUUAAAAUCACUUCUUGUGUUGUGCAUGUGGACUGUUAUCACUCUUUCAUACAGCAUGAUUAUUAUUUUGUAUUUCAUACUUUCGGGGUUUUUUUAAUCUGUGGGAAAAUCUCCUGUAAAAUGACCAAGGUAAGAUGUUGGCUUUAAAACUUUUUUUCUGUUGGAAGAAAACGUUCUAUAGAUUGAAACCUUAUCUAACAAACUAUGCCUACUAAGACUACUUGCUCUUAGAAUGCAACACCACCCAAAGCUUCAUCUGAUCUGUGUGCUGCCAUUAAAGGUAGCAGUCUGAUUCUUUGAUUCCCAUCCUUCCCCUUUGCUAAAAUAUUCAGUGGUUUAAUCAUCUAAUCCCAG